UCACAGAUUCAGAAAAAAGAAACUGAUCACAGAACACCAAUCAACACACAGACACAUAUUCAUGGGUUCGCUGACACUGCACAAACUCCCUGUCAUUGCAUUCACAGAAGAAAACUCGAAACCUGGGACAGAAACAUGGUCCAAAACAUGCAGACAAGUGAUAUCUGCUCUGCAAGAAUAUGGUUGUUUUGUGGCGGCAUAUGAUCAAAUCACCCAACGUAUACAUACUGGGGUUUUCGAAGCCCUGGAGGAACUGUUUGACAUCCCAACUGAAAGAAAAGUUCAGAACAAGUCCGCAAAACCCUUGUAUGGAUAUGUCGGCCAGAUCCCAUUGAUUCCUCUGUAUGAGAGUAUGGGUAUUGAUAAUGCCAAUACACUUGAAGGAAUUCAGAGCUUCGCCAAAGUCAUGUGGCCAAAUGGAAAUGAUGGCUUCAGUGAAAAGCUUCUUUUGUACACAAAGUUAGCAGCAGAAUUGGAGAAGAUUGUUGUGCAAAUGGUGUUUGAGGGGUAUGGAGUGGGGCAGUACUAUGAAUCCCACAUCAGUUCAGCCAACUAUCUUUGCAGGGUCAUGCAAUACAGACAACCUAAGAUGCAGGAAAACAGAAUGGGAUUUGUAUCUCAUACGGACAAGAGCUUCAUGUCCACAAUUCAUCAAAAUCAAGUUGAUGGUCUGGAGAUUAAAGCCAAAGAUGGUGAGUGGUUUGGUGUUCAUGACCUUUCUCCCUCCUCCCUUGUCGUUAUGGCUGGUGAUGCAAUUAUGGCAUGGAGCAAUAACAGGAUAAGAUCUCCACCCCACAGAGUGACCAUGCAAGGAAAUGAAGCAAGAUACUCCCUUGCACAAUUCUCAUUCAUCGAGAAAUCAAUGGUGCAGACACCUCAAGAACUGAUCAACGAUGAUAAUCCACAGCAAUAUAAACCGUUCGAUCACCUCAAAUUUCUCGAAUUUUACAGCAAAGAAGAGAACAGGAGACUUGAGAGCGCCAUCAGAACCUAUUGCGGUGUCUGAGAAUAUUAACUCUCUCUUUGUUUGUCCAAUGUUUUUGU